GAUGAGGAGGGAGCUUCCAUCUUCUCUCUGCUUCUUCAUCCUCUUUUUAAGAGCAAUUUAGACGUAGACUUAGAUCAGAUUCCGAACCUAAUUCAUGAUUAGCUGACUGGAGUGAGAAAAGGAAGAGUCUGCAAUAGUUUUGAUGCUGUUAGGUGGAUAUGAAGUGAAAAGUGUUAUUGUCAUUUUUUUCUCCUCUUUUUUUUUGGGUUUUGUUGCAUUUUUGCACACUCACGGGAGGCGUUUUGCUGAUGUCUUUCUCACGCGGAUGCAUUUGAGAUGAGAAGCGAAAAGCAAAUAUUGCGCUUUUGUUUCUAAACGAACAUCAUGCCUACACGCGUGUGUGUUUUCCCGGAGAAUGGACGCGCAUGACGGGAUUACUAUAUUCUCACACUUUUCCCGAUACCUAGCUCAACUAAAUAAAGUCGCCUAUAGCGAUCGGGCUAAUUGGAUUUUAUAACAUCCACCUACUCAUCACAAAAUAACAGCAAACUCGUGUACAGACGGCGCGGCCGGGGCUAAGUUGCAUCUUUAUGUAAUGGUAAAAAGGCAGCCGCGGUUUUGGUCAGUCAAUUUUAGAGAGACUAUACCUUUAGACUAUCCCGUCCUACACAAAUUGUCAGGCAGAAACUGAGCAACUUCAGCGUUUUCUAUAGGAUGUCGCGCCGCAAGCAAGCUAAACCAAGAUCACUGAAAGUAGAAGACAAUGUGACAGAGGACCAGCACAGUCCUGGGCAGACUGCCAUUCCAAGCGAUCCAGAGUGCGCCCUCGAGAGGGCGGCGGAGGAUGGUGAGACCGGGCAUCUAAGGAAGAGGCUGCUCUCUCCAGAGGAAGGAGAAGAGGGAGAGGAGGAGGACGAGGAGCCCGCGCUGCACAGCUGCGACAGCUGCCGGCAGGUGUUCGAGUCGCUGAGCGAUCUCACCGAACACAAGAUUAAUCAAUGCCAGCUGACAGACGGUGCUGAUCUUGAGGAUGACCCAUCGUGUUCUUGGCCAGCAUCAUCUCCCUCUAGUAAGGAUCAGACUUCUCCAGGACACUGUGAGGACUAUGAUUUUGGCGAGGAAGAAGGAGGCCCUGGCCUACCGUACCCAUGCCAGUUCUGCGACAAGUCUUUCAGUCGUUUGAGUUUCCUCAAGCGUCACGAGCAGAGCCACGGUGAUAAGCUGCCUUUCAGCUGUACCUUUUGCAGCCGCCUGUUUAAACACAAGCGGAGCCGAGAUCGACACGUGAAGCUACACACGGGUGAUAAGAAGUAUCACUGCGGAGAGUGUGACUCUGCCUUCUCCCGCAGCGAUCACCUCAAAAUCCACAUGAAAACCCACGCCUCCAACAAACCCCACAAGUGCCCUGUGUGCCGUCGAGGCUUCCUUUCCUCCAGCUCUCUCCACGGCCACAUGCAAGUACACGAAAGGGGCAAAGAUGGCACGGGCUCCGGUUUCUCUAGGGCUGAUGAAUGGAAGCUGAAAGAAACCCGCAAAUGCAGCCGGUGUGAGGAAGGCUUCGAUGUUCCAGAAGAGCUCCAAAGGCAUAUCGCAGAAUGCCACCCUGAGUGCUCCCCAUCAGAGGAUGGAGGACUGGGUGCCACCCUGCAGUGCAUCUACUGCCACGAGCCCUUCAGCGAUGAGGGCACCCUGCUGACCCACAUUGACCAAGCCCACAGCAGAGAUAGGAAGGGCCACACCUGUGCUAUCUGCUCAGAGCAUUUUCUGUCUGUUGAGGACCUCUAUGCUCAUAUGGACAUCCACCAGCUCCCUGAAUCUAGUAACCAUAGUAACAGCCCUUCCUUGCUGACUGUAGGCUACACCUCUGUGUCUAGCACAACUCCGGACUCCAACCUCUCUGUUGACAGCUCCACAAUGGUGGAGACAGCGCCACCUGUGCCCAAGACCAGGGGAAGGAGAAAGAGGGCUGCACAGAACACUUCAGACAUGGGAGGACGUUCCUCUAAGCAGCCUAAAGUCUCUUACAGUUGCAUCUACUGCAACAAGCAAGUGUUCUCCAGUUUGGCUGUGCUUCAAAUUCACCUGCGAACCAUGCAUCUGGACAAGCCAGAGCAGGCUCACACUUGCCAGUUUUGUUUGGAAGUUCUGCCCUCUUUACUAAAUCUGAAUGAACAUCUUAAGCAGGUCCACAAUGCAGAAGAUCACGCUGCCCUGUUAGCGAGCUUGCCUGAUGCCCUCCUUCAGUGUAAUUUCUGCCCCGAGGUGUUAAAUGACCUAAAUGCCCUCCAGGAACACAUCCGCUGCUCUCAUGGCUUUCCCAGUCCAGUGGCCAAGGAGAGCAAUGCCUUUUUCUGCCCCCAGUGCUUCAUGGGGUUCUUGACAGAGGCUACCUUGGAGGAGCAUGUUCGCCAGACUCACUGUGAUGGGGGGAGCCUACGCUUUGACUCCCCCUUGGCUGUAACUCCCAAGGAGCCAAUAGUCGAAGUGUACUCCUGUUCAUACUGCACCAACUCCCCCAUAUUCAACAGUGUUCUAAAGCUUAACAAGCACAUCAAGGAGAAUCACAAGAACAUUCCACUAGCCCUGAACUACAUCAACAAUGGGAAGAAAUCCCUCCGCACUCUCAGCCCCUCUUCGCCAAUAUCUGUGGAACAAACUGCCGUGCUGAAACAAGGUAGCUCAGCCUCCCGUGCCACCAGUGAGUUCAUAUGUAACCAGUGUGGUGCCAAGUAUACAAGCUUAGACCUUUUCCAGACUCACCUCAAAACGCAUCUGGAUGGUCUGCAGCCUCAGCUUACCUGUCCGCAGUGCAACAAGGAGUUUCCCAACCAGGAAUCUCUGCUAAAGCAUGUGACAAUUCACUUCACUAUUACGUCGACUUAUUACAUCUGCGAGAGCUGUGACAAGCAGUUCACUUCAGUGGAUGACCUGCAGAAGCACCUACUCGACAUGCAUACUUUUGUGUUCUUUCGUUGCACUCUGUGCCAAGAGGUGUUCGACUCAAAAGUGUCUACUCAGCUCCACCUGGCUGUGAAGCACAGCAACGAGAAGAAAGUGUACCGCUGCACCUCCUGUAACUGGGACUUCAGGCAUGAGACUGACUUGCAGCUUCACGUCAAACACAGCCACCUGGAAAACCAAGGCCGUGCCCACCGCUGCAUUUUUUGCGGGGAGUCCUUUGGAACGGAAGUGGAGCUGCAGUGCCACAUCACCACCCAUAGCAAGAAGUAUAACUGCCGCUUCUGCAGCAAGGCUUUCCAUGCCAUUGUUCUUUUGGAGAAACAUUUGAGGGAGAAACACUGUGUGUUUGAGGGAAAGUCACAGAACUGUGGCGCCAAUGGUUCUACUGUAGUUGGUGGGGAAAGCCAGCCUAAAGAAGAUGCUGAGCUACAAGGUCUCCUAACUAACAGCCAUGGUUCAGGGGCAGUAGGUGGAUCUGUGAUGGAGUCCCAGAACAGCCAUGAUGGAAGUGAGGAAGAGGUGGACACUGCAGAGCCCAUGUAUGGAUGCGACAUAUGUGGGGCAUCUUAUACUAUGGAGUCACUGCUCACUAACCACCAGUUGAGAGAUCACAAUAUACGCCCUGGUGAGAGUGCCAUGAUAAAAAGAAAGGCUGAGAUGAUCAAGGGUAACCACAAGUGCAAUGUUUGCUCCCGUACCUUCUUCUCUGAGGCUGGGCUGAGGGAACAUAUGCAGACCCACCUUGGGCCUGUCAAACACUACAUGUGUCCCAUCUGCGGGGAGCGCUUCCCCUCAUUGCUCACCCUGACAGAGCACAAGGUCACCCAUAGCAAGAGUUUGGACACGGGGAGCUGCCGCAUUUGUAAGAUGCCACUGCAUAGUGAGGAGGACUUCCUGGAGCACUGCCAGAUGCACCCUGACCUGAGGAACUCCCUUACAGGUUUCCGCUGUGUUGUUUGCAUGCAGACGGUCACCUCCACAUUGGAGCUCAAGAUCCAUGGUACUUUCCACAUGCAAAAGACAGGCACUAUGUCCGCAAACCAACCCAUGGGCCGCACCAAUGCCAUGUCUCAAAACCAGCAGCAACACCACGCCCCAAAAUUUUUCAAGUGUGCCUCCUGCCUAAAAGAUUUCCGGUCCAAACUAGACCUGGUAAAGCUGGACAUCAACGGACUGCCUUAUGGACUCUGCGCGUCCUGUGUGGCGGCUGCCGGCUCCAAGAGCUCCAGCCCAACAGUGAAUGGAGGGAGGCAACAGCAGCAGCAGGGGGGAGCCACCACUCCAGCAACAACUACAGCCACAUGGGUCCAAGGGGAGAGUCUCAGCCCUGGAGAUGGAAAAGGCAAAGGUGUUUCUUCAUCGUCCUCAUCCUCUUCCACGUCGUCCUCGUCUGCAGCCAAGACACGAUGUUCCAGCUGCAAUGUGAAGUUUGAAUCUGAGGCAGAGUUGCAAAACCAUGUCCAGACAGUGCAUCGGGAACAGUCUGGGGACAGCAACAGUGGACAGCUGAAGACCCCCCAGGUGUCUCCCAUGCCAAGAGCCAGUCCAUCGCAAACUGAAGAGAAGAAGACAUACCAGUGCAUCAAAUGUCAGAUGGUGUUCUACAGUGAAUGGGACAUCCAAGUUCAUGUGGCCAACCACAUGCUGGGCUCACAAGUAUCUGGAUCACAUCACCAAAUAGAGGAAGGAUUGAACCAUGAAUGCAAGCUCUGCAGUCAGUCAUUCGACUCACCAGCGAAGCUUCAAUGCCACCUGAUUGAGCACAGCUUUGAGGGCAUGGGUGGAACCUUCAAGUGCCCGGUCUGCUUUACAGUGUUUGUCCAGGCCAAUAAGCUCCAGCAGCACAUCUUCUCUGCCCACGGACAGGAGGAUAAGAUCUAUGACUGCUCACAGUGCCCGCAGAAGUUCUUCUUCCAGACAGAGUUACAGAACCACACGUUGACUCAGCACAGCAGCUAACAUGGCAAAGCUCAGCGCCGUGGCCGAGAACAAGGAUCACAUGACGCACAGAAUUAUGCCCGACUGCCAAUUACCGUCAGUGCAGUUUCCCACUGACUGUCUUGCACUGAAAUUUUCAGUUACACCACAAGAAACGAUGCCAGAGCAAGAAAAAAGAAAAGCAAAGCAAAGAAAAUAAAAGAAGGAGGGGGGGAGAACAAAAAAGAAACCUCUCAGUAGGCCUACUUUACUAACCAUUAUUUCAGAAAUAAAGAAAAAGCCAACUUGUUUGUACAUAGACUUCUUCAUGUGUUGCUUAACUACAGCUAUAUUGCAAUCUUAUACAGUAUUUGCCGAUGUACAGUUCAAAAUGUUUGUCCAAAAAAAAAAAGAGAGACAGAGAAGAGGGAGGGAGGGAGGGAAAGAAAAAAAAGAUUCAUUACAUUGUCAGUCAGACCAGAUGGGACUGAAGGAGAAACAGGGUGCCACUGAGAGCAUAGGAAACUGUAGGAACUGGUGAGUGUUGUCAGGAAGACUCUUUUCAUCAGUGCCACUCCUACUGCGCAGUACGUCACUCUGUAUCCUGACAUGGUCAAUCAUUAUUGGGUGAAAAAAAAAAGCUCGAUUCACCAGCGUAGGCUGAAACCUUGUCUGUGUGUUCGUCCUAAUAUGGCUGCCAGAGGACCAGCUGUGAACUGUGGUGCGGCUAAUCUCCACUGCCUGCGCUGGAGUUCAGACGAGAGGUGAAAAGGAAAAAAAAUAAAUUAAAAAAUCAUCCCAGAGAACAGAAAAAACAGGACAGAGGACAAGAUGCUGAUAUAUGCAAACGCAGUGACACAGAUUUGGAAAAGGCUAGCUCCUUCUGUUGGCUCAUGAACAGAGGCGUGAAACUCCCAUGUGGCUCUCAGAGCGUGGGGAAAUCUCCAGCCCACUGAUUCAACCUGUACAUUUCUGUUAUUAAUGUUUACUGCUCGUUCAAGCCUGGAGAUUACUGGAAUAAUUUUUUUUUUGUUUAUGUUUUGUUAUCUCUACUUGUUCUCUUUUUUUUUCACAAUGGGGGAAGUAAAUCCAGUUGAAUUUGGGAUCAUGAACGCUGAACACAAUUUCGGUCUGUCACGGGAUUUACCGUGGUUGCAAAACUCCAUCCCUGGCUCUCCUGGAGAGUGCCCAAGUACUUUUUCUUGUUGUUGUGUUUUUAUUUUGUUUUUUUCUUUAACUUUUUUAAAUUUUUUUGCAGUGUCCCAUUGCUCUCUGCUCAAGCUGGAAGCCACUGUGGCAUCAUACACAACUUUAAUCCAUUCUGUUAUGUAAAUGUUUUGCAUUCAUUGAACCUGAGAUGCACUUUUGUAUGAAACUUUAAUGUUUUGACAUUUUGAUCGAGAAUCGUUCGUACGCAGUUUACAGGAAAUCACCAUCUCCUGCGGCAAAAAGACAGUUAUCUCCGAUGUUAUUAAAAUGUAUUGUACAAAUAUGGAGUUCUGUAUUUGGCAGACCUCAUUUUUUUGUGUUGCACAUGUGAUGGAAAUAUUAAAAACUGUAUGAGGAAAUGGACUCCA